CUCGCGAUGACAUUCAAAGAUAGAUAAGGACGUGCAGCCACACGAACACACACAACAGACACACACAGAGGUACGGCGAUUCAACACUCACACAAUCCAUCCAUCCAGCCCUGUCUGUCUGCAGCAUGCGAGCAUCGCUCACAGCCCCCCAAUCCGCCCGCCCCAGGAAGGCCAUUAAAACACCACACACCACUCAUGUCAUCUCAUCUGAGGGGGCCGGGUUCUUGACACUCCAUUCAUCCAUCCAUCCAUCCAUCCACUCAUCCGAGGGAGGACAUGUAGUAGGCUAACGAGUAGGAAGAAGGUGAGAGUCCUCGUGAACUCACUUCACCUACCAUACCAAGAGGGCUUAAACCGCAUUCAUGUUUCUCUCUAGAGCUGUACAGGCAGUGCACCGACAGACAAGACAAGACAGACGAGCAGCCCCGGUUUGAUUUGGUUUGGUUGGUGGAAAAAAUCUCAAAGACAAAGCAUAGCAUCCAACCACCCGUCUCAUCCCAUCAUGAUAUUCAAUCAGUAGUCGUCAUCGAGGAACAUGUCGUCAUCUUCCAUUCUGUCUCGCCGACCGCCCCCGCCACCACGGCCCCCCUCCCUGCACACAGACACACAUCAACACAUCAACACACACGGCACAGAGACCCACAGCCGCGAUGGAUGGCUCUUGUGUGUUUGCUGUUGAGGGAGGGGAGGGGAGGGGGGGGGGGUGUUCAGGUCAGCUGCUUAGCUUACUCUCCGGGUGGCUUCAUCGACAGCGAGAGUUUCCUGCCGUCCUUGUUGGUGACGCGGACCUGCACCUCCUCGCCCUCACUCAGGUGGUCGCUAACGUUCUCAACAAAAUUACUGCACACACACACACACACACACACACAACACAGACGGCGUAUGUGCGUGUGUGUGUGUGUGUGUCUUCGGGGUGCGGUUUGUUUGAUGCUCCCCGCUAGCUCCCCCCUGCACCACCUCACUCGGAAAUCUGUGAGACGUGCAGGAGUCCCCUGAUGCCGGGUGCCAGGCUGACGAAGGCCCCAUAGGGCGCCGUCCCCUCGACCGUCCCCGUCAGCCACGUCUCGCUGUUUGGCACAUUCGCCGCAUACCACUGAUAGAUGGAACAGAGAAUAGGGCGUGUCGUGGUUCUGUGUGAGGUGUUGGGUUGGCGAGCGUACUGUUGUUUGAGGUACCUACCUCAUCGACCCCUUCGUUGAAGUCCCUGGGUUCUCUCCUGGCCGGCUCGCGACGUGCGGGCUCCUCGCCGGGCUUGAGCAUUGUCAGCGCCACCUGCACACACAUACACACACACAUAGACACACACACACAUACCAAAAGAUCAGAUCCAGACGACCACCGCAAUAUCGUCAGUCAAAGUCCGCUUACACCCCACCUCACCCCACCACCCCGCACCUGCUGCUUGUCAAAGUCGAUCUUGACGAUUCGGACAUCGACGUCCUGCCCGACCGUCACGACAUCAUUGACGUUGCCGACGAACUCCUGACACACAUCAAAUUACAUCAAAUCAACACACCACACAUCGGUGGUUGGUGGGCAGGGCAGGGCAGGGUGUUGUGAUGGUGUCGUGAUGGUGUUGUGUUGUCUGACGCGACGCGACGCACCGGGGCGAGCUGUGAGAUGUGCACGAGCCCGUCCACGCCGGGAGCGAGGUUGACGAAGGCGCCGAACGGGGCGAGAGACACGACAGUCCCUGAGGGAACCACACAAAGGACAGUCAGGAAGACACAACCUCAGCUUGUUUGUCGGGGGGGACGGGUCGGGGGGGGGGGGCUGUUGCUGCCUGACCCUUGAACCACGUCUCGGGAGGGUAUGCGUCGAAUGUCUUGAGGUCAGCCGACUCGGUGAGCAUGCUGAGAGCGAUGCGCUGGCGGUCCUCCUCGACACUCAGGACCUUCACCCUCACCUGGUUGACCACACACACACACACACAUACAUGUGUGUGUGUCUUAAGCUAUCAGGUCAGCCACACACAUGACAUCACGUCACAUCCCAUCACACAGCUUACAUGGUCGCCCUCCUUGACAACGUCGCGGGGGUCUGCGACGUAGUGGUCGGCCAACUGCGACACGUGAAUCAGACCGUUGCGCACAGCACUGGGGGAGUGUGGCACAGCCAACACAAACACAGACACAGACACAGACACAGCCACCAAGACAGUGAAUGAGGCCCAUCGUAUCGUCCGCUAGCUACGCCUGUCGUGUGUUGUGUGUCGUAGGCCCACAAAGACAAUACAUACCCGAUGUCGACGAACGCACCGUACUGGGCGAUGUUGACCACGAUGCCGUCCACAAGGUCACCUGAAAGAAACGCCACAGACAGACAGACAGACAGACAGGUCGGUCGAGAGUCCGCCAGAGUGGGUGUGUCAUCAAGUCACACACAUCCUCACCGGGUUUGAAAGCCGAGAAAGGCUUCCUCUGCUCAAACACCGGCGACUCGGUGGGCUCUGUCGUCGACUCCCCCUUGUCGCCCUCGCCCUCCACCCCCACCUCUGCCUUGUCCUCCACGGCAACGGACUCUGCCACUGCCGCUGCUGUUUCCUCUUUUGGCACAUCGGACACUUCAUUCCCAGGCGCCUCAGACACACUGACGACAGACAGCACACGUGACUGCCAUCAGAUCUGAUCUGUGAUAUGUGUGUGAUCUUACGCAGUGGGUGUGGUGCCGAGCUCUGCAGUCGACAGGACGACCACGGCGCGCCUCAGCCGUCGUGGUGGCUGUCUGUGUGGGUGAGAGCGGGAUCCGACAGCCAGCUCCAGCCCGCCCAGAAAGCCCUCCGCCGCCAGCAGCAGCGCUCUCGCCUCAUCGUCGGCAUCGAUCUGGAAACCUGCAACGUCCGCAGCAACGUGACAUGACAAAGGCAGGCAGGCAGCACAGAUCCAUCACCCACCCACAUGAAGCAGAUGCGGCAGCUGGAGUCAUGCAUCUGAUCUUACCGAGGGAUAUGAGGGGCAGCAGGGCGACUGAGCAGAUGACCGCUGACAGCUUCAUCAUGGCUAAACUCAGAAUCCUUCUCGUCUGCCUUAGCG